CCAGGCUCAGGAGCAUCACAUGGAGACACUCUGGAGCCCGUCUUUGCAAUCAGACAAUGCAUACUCACCCUUUUCACAUCCCUCUCUCAUGCCCAACAUCCCUCUGUCCUCUGCUUCCAGUCGCCCGAGCAGUCUGCAGCGGUCUUGGAUAGUGGCAGUACAGUAGACCAGGGUGACUGCUGGUAGCAGCAGUACCAACGCCCGUAGAGUGCAUCGAGCGCCAUGUCGAAAGCACCACCCUCGCUCUUCUUCGACAAUCCGCUGGUGGACGUCUUGACCUCUCACUUUCAGUAUGCCCGUGCAGUGCUCUCCGCGUCGCCCGCAGUCCGCUCCUGUAGCGGGCUCUACUACCCCUCUAGAGGCGUGACCACCCUCUUGCUCACGUCCUGCGCGCUGCUUGGGUACUCCUUCCUUCUCCACGCUACCCUGCCGUCUUCCUCGUCGAGUCUCGGGCUGCUCAGGCUGGUCUCUCUUCCCCUCUUCGUAGCAGCCCUCUUCCCGCUCACCUUCGAUCCAGAGGCAGUCACCCUCGGCAAUGACUUUCGGAACAUUGCCAUACCCUCUAUCACCUGGCUGCCCCUUGCAGAGAUACUCAAGGUGGGAGUGGUCAGUCUGUGGGAUACGCCAGAACAACGCGCACCAAGAUGGAUCGUUCCGGAGCAUCAGGCACAUCGAUGGAAAGGGGCGGUGAGGAUGACCUCUCCGACAAGCAAGCAGGUCAAUGGAGGCGCCAAGAAGGAGGACGAUCACCGCAACGGUGCGACUAGCGCCAAAGGGCACCCAGCAUCGGAGAAUCAGCCUUUCUCCAUCCCAUCUGUCUGGUACGUUGUGCCUCAUCCGCCUCCCUGGUCACUUCGACGCCUCUUGUGGGCCUGUGACAAUAUGACAAUGCGCAGACCGGGCACCUCGUGGCUCCUACCGUCCGAGCAGAGGGCCAUGGAAUGGGCUCUGCCGAGGCUGUUAGCAUCAGGCGAAGUCUAUAGAGAAGCCGCAAGAUUGGAGCAAACUGGGCCAGGAGAUACGCUGAAUAGAAAGCGACUGGCACAGGACAAGCGCCACGAGGCACCUGUCUGGUUCGGCCAGCUCGAAUGGGGCUUGGGAGGAUCACUGCUCCAAAUCACCGCCAUCUAUGCCUUUCAGAGGUACGUACGGUUCCUGAAUCUCCCUCUGCGGCCUGGACCUGGAGAAGACUUCUUCAGCGCGGUGCCUCUGUGGGACCAGUACAUCCUCACCUUUGGCCUCGGCACACUCGUGGCAUUCACAGCCGCCCCCGGCGAGCUUCUGGUAAACACCUUCCUGCUCCGUGUCCUCAAGUUCCCCUGCACUGCCAUCUCGCCGAGCUUCCAAAGACCUCUGUCCUCCUCUGGUCCGCGUGACUUUUGGAGUAGUCGCUGGCAUCAGUGGCUCAGGAGGGACUUUUCUGCUAAUGCUAGACUGAUACCUGGCGCAAGGAGCUACUCGGCCAUUGCGGCCGUAGGGACAUUCAGCUUCUCAGCAAUCGAGCACAGUCUCGUCUUCGGUCGCUUUAAGCCUAGACCUCCCACCCCCUGGCACGUCCCCACUCUCGCCCUCCUCACCUUUCCUAUCCACUUCUUCUUCCUCUCACAAGCAGCACUCAUCUUCCUCGAAGGGCAACUCCUCGGUUCGCCUAGCAAACAUUCACCGCCGUCUACGCUUGAGUGGGUAGCACGCCGAGCUCUCCUCUGGGUGGGACUGCUGACGUGUGGCAGACAUGUCACUGCGUACCUGUAUCAGCUGGGCUGUUUCCACCCGAGCGAGUUCUUCAAUUGGUCCGAAUCGGUGCGAUUGCUGGACGAGAUGCGGGGCGAGGUCAAAGCAGGAGGAUGACCACAGGUGGUAGAGCUGCCUUUGCACAGGAUAGACUUCUGGUCGAUUUGUCACUCGUAGAGCAUGUAUAGAAGUAUCUCAAGCCUUGUAUCACG